AUGUCACGCCAGACGCUGCGUCCGCACAUACCACCCCCUAGGGCAAAGUCUGCCUGCGUCUCGCCGAGCGCAGCACCAACACGUGCGCGCCGGACAUCCGAGCCGCUGCCGUGGCAUCCGUGCAGCUGUUCACGGCCGGCGCGGCUCCCCUGCCGCUGCCGCCCGCCCACCUCCGUCGCCCCUGAUAUUUGCCAGUCCGCCGAGAAGUGCCCCACCGUGCACCUUGCAGCCAGCCCAGACGUCAGCGUCGCGGGCUCCGCUGUUGUCGCCCACCUGCCACCGCGCUGCCCAGAGGCGCCGCCCAACGUUCGCCGCCGUUCAGUUUCCCGCUGUCGUCUCCGUUUGGGUCCUGGAAUCAACGCCCGGGCGCGUACUUUCGCCGCCGUGCAGCCACCCGCCCCGCCGCCACCGUCUCUUCUGUACUAUUCAUGGACCCAGGGGACAGCACAGCCACAGCAGCUGUCAGAGGGUGUCAACACAAUGCCGCGGGACAACCCCGUGGAGAUGGAGCCUUCACCUCCUCUGUCUCUUCUUGUCCUACUGAAGGAGCUGGACCUGCCCAUGCUGCAGCAGCUGAUACCUUCUACAUCAUGAUAUGGGCCUCAGUUGGUGGACACAUACCCUUUUGGGCAUUUUCUGGGGGACAUUUCGAUCAGAGCAAAGGUCAGAUGGGGGAGCGACCAGAAGUCUGACUCCCCUCCAGCCACAGCUUCUGGUCCAUCAGAGCAUCGAUGCUCUUGGCUCCCUGCCCCACCCCCCC